AGCCCUAAUAUCACCUGACUUCACUAUCAUUAUCACUCCCUGUAUCCUUUCACUUUAGCUUCCUAACCCCCAACCAAGAAUACCCCUCCCCCCACCUUGAAUUUUCUCUGCAAUUCCAGCAGAUCUCCACUUUCGACCCUUGGAUCUCCUUCCAUUCUCGAUACCCUUUUGCAUUUUCUGCGGAAUUCUGGUGUGUUUUACGUUUCUUGCACUAUUCUUCCUUCCAUAUUUUCCACGCACAUUUCACACACUAGCGGUGUAAAGUUUUCUGCUUUAGGCCAUUACUUUUCUCAGUAUCACAUUGACAUUGAUGAGAUUGUGUAAGCUGACUUCAAAGUCAGGUGCUUAAAUCUCAGCUCUUUUCUUACCGGGUCGGGUCGGGCUGUAGCCUCAUCAUCUGGAUAGUUCACGAGCAAUGGCCUAUCAACAAGAAGCAAUGAACUUGGUAGUCAAGUUACUGUGAUUGGAUUCUGCUGUAUUCUACAGCUCUUCAAGAAAAUGAAGUUGUAAACAAGAAUCCAUGAAUUUGAUAGCUGAGUUACUGUGAUAGGAUUCUGUUGUAAUCUACAGCUCUUCAAAAAAAUUGAAGUUGGUUUGCUCAGUUGUUCUACCGACCUGCUUUGAGAUCCUUCUGUGUUCCCUGUAUAUGAGAAAAGAGAAUAAAAAUAUAGGCUUAAUCAUUCUAAGAGAUGGCAUCGUUGUUAUUAUUUUAAAGGACAAAUGUCUUAUUCUUUGUACCCUAUUCAAUUAUUUACUCUAGGAGUAAACAGUACUGCUUCGUCCUGAAGCAUGCUAUAGUUGUUUCUCCUACUUCAUUUAUUUGCUUAAUAUGGUUUUGCUCCUUUUGAUUAGCAAGCAUUAUGUAUCUCUAUGUAGUCAUUUCAGUUUGUCAUGCAUAAUUUUUUUCCCCUUUUGUUAUGUGUCCCAUCUUGCAUCUGUUAGUGUAAACCACUGCAUAGAGGUUCAAAAGAUAGAAAGAAAUUUACAGUUGUAAAGAACCUGGUGUUCAUAGGAAAGUCGGGCAAUAUGGGAGACUAGCACACAAACUUACACACACACACUCUCUCUCUGUCUCUCUUCCAUACCCUGUAAAAGAAUACAACAUCCGGUUUUAGUUUAUUUCUGCUUUACUUUUUCAUUUGUCACAAGAUGGGGGAAAGAACUCUCAGAAUAGGAAGAACGGAAGGUAUUGAAUGGGAUGUAAUAGCACUGGAUUAGUCUUUCAGCUUUGGGUGGAGAAAAGUUCUUUAUUCCAUGGAAUACAGUUAGACUUUGAUCUCUCUGCUGUGGCAUACCACUGCUUGCACUUCAAGGUCAAUACCAUGCCAAAUCUGGUUUAGUUAAGUUUAAUGGAAGAUGCUAGCUUGCAGUUGUAACUAGUAAAUUGUCCUUGUUAAUGGAUGAUGCUAUCUUACUUCUAUUGCAAUGGAGAUUCAUAUAGUGAAAGAAGUAUCCAACUUUGAUGAGAUGAAAGUCAUGCAUCAAUGUUCUUAUGCUGAGAUGGGGAGGAUGUUUGUGUGGAUUGGCUUGUUUUGGCAAUCAAAAAGGUGACAAACGUAUUGUACCGGCUUCUCUUAUCCCUGAGGCAACUUCAGUGGCCAAUCAGCCUAAUGGAGCUCAAGUUGGAGGAUUGACUAAUCAGAAUGCAGCGCUCUUGGCUCCACCAUCUUCACCUGCUUCCUUCUCAAAUUCAGCACUCCCUUCAACAGUUCAGUCCCCCAGCUGUUUCUUGUCUGCAAAUUCACCUGGGGGUCCUUCUUCAACCAUGUUUGAUACUGGUCCAUUUGCCCAUGAGACACAACUGGUAUCUCCUCCAGUUUUCUCAACUUUCACAACUGAGCCUUCUACUGCUCCUCUCACACCCCCUCCAGAAUUAGCACACUUAACUACCCCCUCUUCACCUGAUGUACCAUAUGCUCAGUUUCUCUCAUCUUCAGCUGGUUUUAGAAGCUCUGGGAAGACAAAUUAUGUCGCUGCUAGUGAUCCUCAAGCGACAUAUUCACUGUUUCCUGGGAGUCCUGCAAGUACUCUUAGAUCACCUGUUUCAAGGGCUUCCCGUGAUGCUCUAUCGUCAUCUUUUCCAGAAAGAGAGUUUUCACCUCAAUGGGAUCCUUCAGUUUCUUCUCAAGAGACUAAUUAUGCAAGGUCAGAAUCUGGCCGAUUGAUUGGGCUUGAUGAAAAUGCAACUGGUGGCUUCAAAAAGUCCCAAGAGUCAAAUUUCUUCUGCCCAGCUACAUUUGCCCAAUAUUAUCUGGAUCCCUCAUCAUUCCCGCAGUCUGGUGGGAGGUUAAGUGUCUCCAGAGAGUCAGAUGCUUACUCAAAUGGAGGGAAUGGGCAUCAGAACAGGCAAACCAAGACAGCUAAGCAGGAUGUUGAGGAAUUGGAAGCUUACAGAGCAUCUUUUGGUUUCAGCGCUGAUGAGAUUGUCACUACAGCUCAUUAUGUGGAGAUUUCGGAUGUCCUCGAGGACUCGUUUACCAUGACACCAUUUCCCUCGACUAAGCAACAUGAGGUGGAAGGUAUUCUUACUGCAGCAGCAGUUGAGGAAACAAAAAUGGAGAAAACAAAAGCAGAGAAAACGCAGAAAGAUACUCAAAGUCCAGAAUUCUUUAAACCAGUCUUGAAUCCCAUUGUGGUUGAGAGAAAAGUGGCAGUUUCUCCUGAUGGUCGUCAAGGCCAUGUCUCUGAUAGGCAAUCUGGAAACAUCUCUGUCCGAAGUGCACCUGGGAACCACCUUCUGAGUGAUGAUGAGGACAUCUUUUCUAAGAUGGGAGCUUCUCGAAUUAGUAGAAAAUAUCAUCUUGGUUUGUCAAGCUCGGAUGCAGAAGUUGAGUACAGGAGAGGCCGAAGCUUGAGACAAGGGAAAGGAGACUUUGCAUGGCGUGACUAAUGGUCACAGUACAAGAGUAGACAACGAAAUUGUGUCUCGUAUUAUUGAUAUGCAGGCUUGCAAUUGGUCUUGAAUGGGGGUUUUCUUUGAUAGGUAAUCUAACCUCUGAUCUAACCCCUCUCCCUCCAUCUCCCCUCCCUCUCUCUCUCUCUCUCUCUCUCUCUCUCUCUCUUGUGUGCUGUUUCCUACUGCUGAAUGUAUUCUGUCUCUACAGUUAUACUCAUGUCUGGGUCAUGUGAUGAUCCAGUAUAAUAUCUGGUAAAUGUUAUUUAAUUGGGGUGUUAGGCAUUAAGGAACUCCUUUUCUGUAAAUGGUCAUGUAUGCAUUUGUUUAGAAUUGGCCUGAACCCUUGUUCUGGAAAUAUAGUACCACUUCUAUCAGAACA